CCGAGGGGCGGCCAUGGGGGUGCAGGACCGGCCCCAGUGCUUCUUCGAGAUAGAGAUCAACAGGGAGCCAGUUGGUCGAAUUAUGUUUCAGCUCUUCUCAGACAUUUGUCCAAAGACUUGUAAGAACUUCCUUUGCUUGUGCUCGGGUGAAAAAGGAAUUGGCAAAACUACUGGGAAGAAGCUGUGCUACAAAGGCACCACAUUCCAUCGUGUGGUUAAGAACUUCAUGAUUCAGGGUGGGGACUUCAGUGAAGGUAAUGGAAAAGGAGGUGAAUCUAUUUAUGGUGGCUAUUUUAAAGAUGAAAACUUUAUUCUCAAACAUGACAGAGCGUUCCUUUUGUCAAUGGCAAACCGAGGGAAACAUACCAAUGGUUCCCAAUUUUUCAUAACAACAAAACCUGCUCCUCAUCUCGAUGGUGUGCACGUUGUCUUUGGGCUGGUUAUUUCUGGGUUUGAAGUCAUAGAACAGAUAGAAAAUCUCAAAACCGAUACAGCGAGCAGGCCCUACGCAGACGUCCGAGUCAUUGACUGCGGGGUGCUGGUCACCAGAUCAGCUAAAGAUGCUUUGGAGAAGAAGAAGAAAGUUUGCUCUGACUCAGAAGCCUCAGAGUCCUCUUCCAGUGCAUCCAGCUCUUCUGAAUCCUCAUCUGAGAGUGAGGCUGAGAAUGAAAGGAGCAGGAGGAAAAAGAGGAAAAGAAGAGCUAAAACCAAACAGUCCAGGAAACGAAGGAAGGAGGAGAGGAAGAAGGAGGAUCCAAGGUGCAAGCGAACCUCAAGCCAAAGACGCAGCCUUUCUGACAAGAGCGAUGUCGCAGACAAAGUCGACCUUAGCACAAAGCGGGACAAGCCCGUGGUACGUCCUGAAGAAAUCCCCCCAGUGCCUGAAAAUAGAUUUUUGCUCAGAAGAGAUGUGCCUGUUGUCAAUAUAGAGCCUGAACCGAAGCUUCUUGAUGCUGCGCCAGUUCUGACUGACCAGAAACCAUCAGUCUCUAAAUCUGGACGAAAAAUUAAAGGAAGAGGCACAAUACGCUAUCACACCCCGCCGCGGUCGCGCUCCUGCUCCGAGUCGGACGAUGAGGAGAGCAGCGAGACCCCUCCCCACUGGAAGGAGGAGAUGCAGAGGCUGCGGACGUACCGAGCGCCCAGCGGGGAGAAGUGGAGCAAAGGAGACAAGUUGAGUGACCCCUGUACCAGCAGAUGGGAUGAGAGAAGUGCAUCCCGGAGAUCCAGGUCUUGGUCCCAUAACGGUUAUGCUGAUCUAAGCACUGUGAGAUACUCCAGCCAUCACAAGAAGCACAGGAAAGAGAAGAAGAAGGUGAAGCAUAAAAAGAAAUCUAAAAAGCAGAAGCAUUUCAAGAAGCACAAGCAAACAAAGAAAAAGAAAACAUCAGCCUCAUCAGAUGUAGAUUCCUCUCAUUCCUUCCACAGGAGGACAAAAUCAUCUUGUGAUCGUGAGAGGAAAUCUCGUUCUUCCUCAUUGUCUUCCAGACGUUCAUCCAGGAGAGACUGGUCUAAAUCUGAUAAGGAAGACCAGAGCUUGUCAUCUUCAUCAAGCAGAGGGUCUCGAUCGUACUACAGGUCCAGAUCCAGGUCUAGAUCUAAAUCAAGAUCUUACUCCAGAAGAAGUUCUAGAUCAAGAUCAGCCUCUAAAUCAUCGCGAUCUCGAAGUAGGUCACGGUCAAGUUCUAACCCCAGGCAGCAAAAGACUGUUCCCAAUUCUCCACGAAAUAUUUCAGCACGGUUAAAUGACACUAAGCUGACCAAGACUGCUGAGCCUGUCCGAGCAGUGAUACUGCCCAGUGACAAGGUUAUCGUGCCACCAGUUGUCCCAGAAAGCCUCCCUGUCAUACCCUUAAGCGACAGUCCCCCACCUUCAAGGUGGAAACCUGGGCAGAAACCUUGGAAGCCAUCGUAUGAGCGAAUUCAGGAGAUGAAAGCUAAAACAACCCACUUAAUUCCCACCCAAACUAAUUACAAUUUAGUGGUCGUUAAGGAGGCCAACACUUCCUCCUCCUAUCGCAAGCAGGAGAGGAGCUCCGAGAGCGAUCGGAGCGGUUAUUCCAAAGGCCGCAGCGACAGGAGCUCGGAGAGCUGGCCGAGGUCCAGGAGCAGGUCCUCUCGAAGCCGCUCAUACUCAAGAUCUUACUCAAGGUCUAGAAGCCCAUCGAGCUCGAGGACAAAAUCUCCUUCCUCUGGCAGGUCACCAUCCCCGAGUAAAUACCGCAGUGACAGGUCGGGCUACAGCGAGUCCACGUCCGACUAUUCCCUCAGCGAUGAGGACAGGCACAGGAGCAAAAGGAAAUCCACAUCCAGCGAUCCCAAAGCUCGGGGCCUCAAACUGAGGCAGGAAACGAGCUCUGAAAGCACUUUGCCUUACACGCAUCCAAAGGACUACGACGAGUCUUCCCAAGGGUUGAAGGAGAGUGACAGUUUGUCAUCCUCAGACUUCUCCUCCGACAGCGAACGCUCUGCCAAAGCCAAAGCGGUCCAAGAAAAAGAAGGCCGCUUUCCAUUAGAAGGGGAUGCUGAGAAACAGGAUAAAAAUAGCUUAAGUUCUGAGAGAGGGGAGGAGAAAGCCAAGGGUGAGCGGGAUUCUGAUCACUCCAAAAAGAAAGCAGCUAAGGAGAAAUGCUCGGAGCAGUCCGGAGGUGGUGCAAAAAUGAAGCGCAAAUCCUACUCAGGUAGCAAAUGGGACUCAGAGUCAAACUCUGAAAGAGGAGAGGCAAAGCAUAAAAGGGGUGAUUCCAGACCCUCCUCUGGGAAAGAAGAAGGAGAGGCCACCUCAGGGUCUGACACGGAGCUUAGUGUUACCAAAAGGAUAAAAAAACAAUCCAAUUCUUCAGAGGGCUUUUUGGGUUCUGACUGCACGUGGAAGACAAGCAAACAGUUGUCAUCUUCUGAGUCUGAGAGUUCUUGUUCCAGCUCAGCAGACACUCGAGGCAAGUUGAAAAAACAUAAACAUGGGUGGAAAAAGACUCCUAAAAAAUCACAUUCCAAAAAAGCAAAAGAAAAAUCAAAAGGGAAAAAGGAGAAAAAACACAAAGUCCAGAAAAGAAAAGAAAUGUUUCAUUGGCAGCCCCCCCUUGAGUUUGGGGAAGAAGAGGAUGAUGAGAUAAAUGAAAAGCCGGUUACCAAGGAUGAUAAAAAAGAAAAGCAGCUUAGCAGGGACAUAAAGGAUAAAAAACAAGUUUAUGAAAAGGAUGAAAUAGUCACAGAUAAAAUGGGAAAUGGUGAAAAGUCAUGUGUGAAUGAAAACCUUUUAGAUAAAAACACCACAUGUGGGGCCUCGCCGGAUCGCAGCAACCUUAAUAAAGAGCCCAUUGAAACAAGCACUUCAGCUGGUAUUUUAAACUCAGGAAUAAACGUGGCUGCCUGCAAGAGUGAGAUUAAACAAGCUGAAGAAAAUAACCAAAAUGGGCUGGAAGAUGUUAUUCAGACAGAUGACAACAUGGAGAUUUGUACUCCGGAUCGUAACUCGCCGGGGAAGGUGGAUGUGGAUGUUUUGUCUCCUGUCAUUCUCACUGCUAAACCUUUAAGUGCUGGUGUAAAAAAAGAGUUACAGGUUGAGACCCCUGAGCAAGAUGCUGUCAAACUAGGAAACAACAUAAGAGACUUUAUUAAUAUUAAAGAAGAAAAAGAAACGGGAAGGCAAGAAAAUAACUCUGCUCCUGUGUCUGGUGCUAAAGACUGUAGUUUAAAAAGUGAAAUUUCUGAAACUACACCAAGCAAUAUGAUAGACAAUAAAUGGAAGCCUUUGCAAGGUGUUGGUAACUUGAAACCAGCAACAAUCAGUACGACCACAGAGGUUAAAAAUGUAGCAUCAGCACCAGAGCCUAAACCAGCAGGUUUAAGAAUUGAAAUAAAAGCAAAAAAUAAAGUAAGGCCUGGGUCUCUCUUUGAUGAGGUGAGGAAAACAGCCCGGCUAAAUCGUCGGCCAAGGAACCAAGAAAGCUCCAGUGAGGAGGAAUCUCCAAGCAGAGAUGACAACAGCCCUUCCAGGAGUCUCAGCAGGUCACGAAGUAAAUCUGAGUCUAAAUCCAGACACAGAACAAGGUCCAUAUCCUACAGUCACUCGAGAAGUCGAUCCCGAAGUUCUACAUAUUCAUAUAGGUCCAGGAGCUACUCAAGGAGCCGGAGCCGGGGCUGGUACAGCAGAGAUCGCUCCAGGAGCCGGAGUAGUUCCUACCACAGUUACAAGAGCCGUAGUCGGAGCUACAGCAGGAGCCGAUCCAGGAGCAGUUCCUAUGGUCACCGCAGUCGAUCCAGCAGGUCCUACAGCUAUGACAGUUACUACAGCAGGAGUCGGAGCAGGAGCAAGAGGAGCGACAGCUACCGGCGAUCUCGGAGCUACGACCGGAGAUCCAGGUCCUACGGCUCCGACAGCGACAGCGAUCGCAGCUACUCCAACAACAGGAGCCCCAGUGAGAGCAGCAGAUACAGCUGAGAACGUUCCUUUGAGGAUGGAAACUCCAUUCCAGAAUUUUUUUUCAGUAUUAUAUUCAAAAAAAACUCUUCUGCAAGUGUCACAAGUGAAGGUUGUUUGCUGAAUUAGCUGAAACUUUCCCGUUGAACAGUGAACUCAGCUCUGCUUACAGAGAGAAGGACUGAGCUCGACAGCUGAUGUUAUUUUUUAUUUUUUUUUAUGUCAAAUGCAACUUUUACAAAAUAAUAAUAAAAAAACCCAGUUUGGUUUCCUUGAA